GAGCCAUGACAUCACCCCGCCCCUACGCCCUGCCCGGAAAACACACAAAGGCAGAAGCCAAGUGCCGCCGCCGAUGAGGAUGAGGAUGAUGAGGAUGUUGCAGCGAUCGCCAAGGAGACCCGGCAGAGUAGCUACCGUCGCCGCUGCCGCCGCCGCUGCCGGGGCUCCUCCUUGCUGCUUCCUCCUCCUCCUCCUCCGCUGCUAAGCUACCAGUAGCCGCAGCUGCUGCCGGUGCCACCGCCGCCACCUUGGCACCGGCUUCGCCCUCCUCAUGCAGACGGCCCUGGCGUGGAUCGGCGGGGAGCCGGGGGUCCAGCAACGCCCGCGCCGCGCAGCAUGCCCUGGGGAGUGGGCAUUGCCUCGUCCAGGUCGUGCGUGGUGGAUCUCAGCCGGAAUCAGAGCCUGUGGGGCGCGGGGUCCGAGGAGCCCUUCUCCUUUUAUGGGGAGAUCGUCGCUUUCCCUCUGCAGGACUACGGCGGGAUCAUGGCCGGGCUGGGCUCCGACUCGUGGUGGAAGAAAACCCUCUAUCUGACCGGGGGAGCCAUCCUCUGUUUUCCUUACUAUGGAAUUCUAAAUGAGUUAGUGUGCUUUAGGAAAGAGCAAGAGGUUGAUUCAAAGGAUGCUAUCAUAUUGCAUCAAUUUUCAAGGCCAAACAAUGGGAUUCCCAGUUUGUCUCCCUUCUGUUUGAAAAUGGAGACUUAUUUGAGGAUGGCUGAUUUGCCCUACCAGAAUUACUUUGAUGGGAAACUUUCCCCUCAAGGGAAGAUGCCAUGGAUUGAAUACAAUCGCAAAAAAGUAUCCGGCACAGAGUUCAUUAUUGAUUUUUUGGAAGAGAAGCUUGGAGUAAAUUUAAACAAACAUCUUGGCCCACAUGAAAGAGCUGUUUCUAGAGCAGUAACCAAGAUGGUGGAGGAGCACUUCUACUGGACGUUGGCAUAUUGCCAGUGGGUGGACAAUCUCCAUGAAACCCAGAAGAUGCUUUCUCUUAGUGGCCCCUUCAGUGACCUGCUAAAGUGGAUUUUGUGCCAUAUAACUAAAGGAAUUGUGAAGCGGGAAAUGUAUGGCCAUGGCAUUGGUCGGUUCUCUGAGGAAGAGAUUUACAGGUUGAUGGAGAAAGACAUGCGCUCUCUAGCUGGUCUUCUGGGCGACAAGAAGUACAUCAUGGGACCCAGGCUUUCCACUUUGGAUGCCACCGUUUUUGGGCAUCUAGCACAGGCAAUGUGGACCUUACCAGGAACUAGGCCUGAGAGGCUAAUUAAAGGAGAACUAAUUAACCUUGCUAUGUACUGUGAGAGAAUAAGGAGAAAGUUUUGGCCGGAGUGGCACCAUGAUGACGACAACACCCUGUAUGAAUCGGAAGAAAGUAGCGAAGGGAGCAAGAUGCAACCAUUGCAGGACUUCAGUUUUUAUUCUAGGACAGAAACAUUUGAAGAUGAAGGAACCGAGAAUAGUUUUUCCCGAACGCCUGACACCGAUUACACUGGACAUUCCCUCUUUGAUUCUGACGUGGACAUGGAUGACUACACAGAUCACGAACCAUGCAAGUGACAUGCCUCACAAAUGCUCCUCCACCUUGUGACAGAGACACCAUCAUCUCUUGGGACUCUUGCUGAUGGCACCAGGUUUUAAAGGGGCCCACAUCAGUUGGAAAGGCUUGAUGCUGUGUUCGUAUGCUCUUCGGACCGUCUGACCCUUCCUUUUUCAUUUUGUCACAGCAUUGCUAUGGAUCCUAGAUAAACAAUUUCCUAUUCUACUUGACAUGAUGCUGAAAAGUUGACAAGGAAGGGAUGAGGGUGGGGCAGGGAUUUGUGUUUUCAAAAAAAUCAAGGAGAACAUUCUGGUUUGGAAAUGAAACUAAUGAUAAGCAGAUAAUACUUAUGAGGGAGGUUAGCUUUUGGCUGAUUGCAUCUACCCAGAAAGAGACAGAAGAGAGAGAAAAGGUAAGAAGGAUCAUUAGGACUUCCUGUAUCCAUCAAACAAAGUGAAAAUGAGGUGAAAACAAGCAAUUCUAAAAUUCUCCCUCCAUCCAUGUCUUGCAACACUUUGGACAUGGCUGCUUGGAUUUUGUGGGAGAUUUCAGGAGUAUCUGCUUGCAUCUGCCUCUCCUCUUAAACAUUGCCUGUUCUGAUUGUAUCAGAAUCUCUAACCUCAUUCAUUCAUUCAUUCA